GGCGAGGCUGCAAGCUCUUGCUGUUGAGCUGGCGUUACCCGGCAAGGCCCAAGAAAUCCUUCCCUAAUCCCCACCCACCUCACCGCCCCAUGGCUAAUCACAGCUGACAGGUCACCUGUCAGCUGACAGUCCUGUCCUGGACUCUCAGUCCGUUCUGCGCGAUGGACUUUCAGGGCUCUUUCCUUUAUUCUCACCUUUGCUUUGUUUUCUUGGGGGAAUCUUCUGACCUUCGAUGACCCCUGAUGUCUUGUCUCCUGCUAUCUCCUGGAUGUGAGCUUUCUGGGUGCGUUGGGUGACAUCAUGCGUCUCCUUCUCCGCCUGUAUGUAUUACUCCUCUGCCUCAGGACCGCUCUAACCUUCUGCCCGUCCCAGUGUACCUGCGUUUUCCACGGACGCAGCGACGGAACAGGAACCAGAUCCGUGCUCUGCAAUGACCCAGACAUGUCGGAAAUCCCUGUCAACGUUCCUGUGGAUACCAUCAAACUCCGCAUAGAGAAAACUGCAGUGCGGCGAAUCCAAACAGAAGCGUUCUACUACCUGGUGGAGUUACGGUACCUCUGGAUUACCUACAAUUCCAUAACAUCAGUAGACACUGGAAGUUUCUACAACCUAAAAGUCCUUCAUGAGUUGAGGCUGGAUGGAAAUAUGGUGUCUGUUUUUCCUUGGGAGUCUCUAAAAGAAAUGCCAAGACUGAGGACGUUGGACCUUCGCAACAACAGGCUCACCACAGUUCCCACUGAGGCCAUCCCAUACCUUCUCAACAUCACUUACUUGGAUCUGUCCAGCAAUAAGUUAACAACUCUGCCGUCAGAUCUCAUGGACAUCUGGCCCCCGUUCAAUGGACAACCGGUGUCUUCUAAUGCUUCUCAGAAAGUCGUGUUAGGUCUCCAGGACAACCCCUGGUUCUGUGACUGUAGAAUCUCAAAACUGAUAGAGAUUUCAAAAAUGGCAAUCACUCCAGUGGUUCUGAUGGACCUGUUCCUGACCUGUGCUGCACCAGAGAGUCUAGCAGGAGUCCUAUUUCAACGUGCUGAGCUUGAGAAUUGCGUGAAACCAUCAGUAAUGACAUCGGCAACCAAGAUCACUUCUUCUUUGGGUAGCAAUGUUCUCCUGAGGUGUGAUUCAACAGGAUCUCCAACACCCACCCUUCACUGGACCAGGUCUGACGGCACAGCCAUCGAUAACACAGUUCAGGAAUCUCCUGGGGAAGGAAUCCAGUGGUCCAUCAUGAGCUUGCAUGGAAUUGAGAACAAAGAUGCAGGAAACUACAGCUGCAAAGCCAAGAACGUGGCUGGCUCUGCAGAAGCCACCAUCUCUCUGUCUGUUGCUGGAACCAUCAGCACCACUGUCCCACCCCCAAAGCCGGGCAUUGUAUCUGGACUUGGUACGACAGCCACCCCCCCAACAGCUGUCUCCAACUUAGCCCUCACCACGGCCUUCCCAAGAUCAUCAACUGUGCUCUCUGGGGUCCAGAAGAGGCCCAGAACCACCCCCAGCUCUGCUUUGAGGGACUCUCUGAAGCAGACCAAAACCCAGGGGGGCAACGGGAGAAAACUCGCUGCAGAUGAGAAGAGCAACAAAAGGGAUGCUUCACAGCCUUUCAAAGACCUGGAGAUCGUAGAGGAGACAGCUGACAGUGCUGUGCUGCUCUGGACUGUGAGUGGAGUACGGAAUGAUGCCCCUCUGACCGUUGUGUAUUCACCCUACGGUGAGGACGACUCCAAAAGAACAGUGGAGACUAAAGCAGGGACUGGAAAGGUGCUCCUGGAUGGACUUUCCCCUGGGAUGAGGUACUCUGUCUGUCUCGUAGCAAAAGUUAACCCUGCAGCGAAGGAUCCUUGCAUUGACUUCUACACCCUGGACGAUGCAGACAGUGGAGGCCAGAACCAGCUGUUCUUCAUCAUCAGCAUCAUUGCCUGUGCUUUGGCCCUGCCUCUCAUCGCUCUGCUGGUCUACAAGAUUCUGGCUCUUUACUGCAAAAGAGGCACCACAGAGCUAGAUACAGAGGAGUUGGAAAAAGACAGUUAUGUCAAGUUUGAGACAAUUUCAAUGAAACAAAGAACCCUGAACUCUCACCCGUCCGAGUUCUGGGCAAGAAGACCAACGAACGAUUCAGAGCGGCUGCUGCUGUGCUCCCGGUCCAGCAUCGACUCACAGAUGACCUACGACAGUUCGCGCUCCGAGUAUCUCUGCUGACUCCACAUCACAUCACAAUCAGACCAAAUACUCUGCCUUUCAGCAUUCUGAGGAAAAGGGAAAUGAUCAGACAAAUUGGGUUAUUAACAAUACACACCAGAAUAUUUCAUAAUUGAAAAUGGAGAUGUGAUCAGUAAAGCUCUUGAUAGAGGCUGAUUUAUGAUAAAAGUGCAGUUGGACCUGUUGAAUCUUUCAGCAGAAUCCUGUUUUUGAGCCUUACUCUCAACAGAGAAAUGGAAACGUUAGGCUAAUCCUAUCCCGGGAAAGUGUGUGUCAGUUUUUUUAGAGUUUGGUUUCACUUCAAUGCCAAAAGUUCCUAAGUGUACGAAAAGAUCGACAAUAAUCUCCAUCACAUCCGCUGUCGCUUCAUGACUGAUGCCUUAAUAGACAUGGCAGUUCUGUCAGUGUGUUUGAUAGACAACAGGAUGUGACUUAUCUGAUCAUCGUUGCCACUUUAUAUGCUAAUCUGCAUGUCAGUGUCUGUCUACUCUUUGGUUUUUAAUAAACUGAAUAUAUGUGCAAAUUA